ACAACAGAAUAAGAAAAUAUAUAAAUUAAGUACCAUGGAAUCACAAUCCCGUCAUCUCCGCACAUCUGUUCCGGAAGUGAGUUUUCACUUAAACGGCACGUACCACUGUUUCCCCCAAAACACAUAUUUUAGUUGUCGUAGUGCAUGCUUUUGUGUCACUUGUUUAACAUUGAGAAUAUUAAUCAAACGUAAUUUUGAAUAUUAAUAUCGUUUGCUUCUUUAAGCGAGGAAACUGGAAAAUGGAUGGUAAAUAGGCGUAACCCGCCCCCCCAGCUUGGAUUUCUAAAUGGACUGGCCUAUUUUGAUGCCGUCAUUGAGCGUCAUUGCUGCGCUGCGCUGUCGCAAUCACGUUAGACGCACCAGUUAAAACCUUUCAUUAUAAACUUGUUGCAGUGUCGGUUAAACGCACACCAGCCGCUAUCGUUGAGUUAGCAUUUUUUUGGAUGGACUCUUCUUUGGUCACAUGUGGCUCAAGUUAGUUACCUGUCAUCUCUGUUAAAUAACUUUAAAAUAUAACGAGAUGCUGUAACUUAUUUCAGGUACCUGAUCAAGAAGUCUUUGGCUCUUAUGGCUGACCUCCUGUAGAUGGCGACGUUAUCAGUUUGGUCAGCAUGAACCACAUGGAUGGUAAAUCGGCCUGCAAAUGUAACACCAAGCACAAAAUGAAGCGUCUGAAGUCCCGUAAAGAGCGUAGCCAGCUGAGAGGCGGCGGUAAGGAACCCUCCAAGGCCAAACCGCAUCAGCAUCACUGCCACAAUCAUGGUAGCCAAGACGUGGCGCAUCUGAACAGCUGCCGACACGUUCGAUGCUGCACUCCCAGGAGGGAGUGCUCGGGCAUGGCUCUUCCCACACAAGAACCUAGCAUCAUCACAACGGCCCGCCUGAUUGGUCACCACGGGCUCUUCAACCACGAGGUGAAGUCUAUCGACAUUGAACGCUUGUUACUGGAGCAGAAGAAAAGGGUCUAUAGUGAAGCGGAUGCUCACAAGAAGAAGAAAAAAGCAGCUUCAAUGUCUCACAAUCCUCCUCUCAACGGUGUGGAGGAUGAUCCUUUUGAAAAAGGUGAUCAAUGUGAGAAGGAAAUGCUUCAGUGUAUCAGUCAGGGGCCAGACAUCACGCCAGGGCAGCAGCAGCGUCUUUCAUCAGCAAGUGGUGAAAGCUCAAAAGCGCACAAGAACGGCGGAAACACACAGCCUACCUGUCAGGGACCAAAGGAGAAGACGCCACACCAUAUGGUGGCUUCUGAGGAGCACACGCCCAGGAACCUGGGCCCCCCUGACCGCCAACCACCCGUUCCCAGCAUCAGCCCAAGCCCCCGUUGGCCUCACAGCUUGGUCACCGUGGAAACCGCCUCUGACGCACAAAGAGAAGAUUUGCUGUCUAAGUCCAUCAGCUUGUUGGGGCAGCGUCUGUGUGCCACUUUGUGCUUUCCGUUCAUGAAGAAGCGAGACCUGGUGGCAGAGAGCAGGGAGGUGUUGCUGCGCACCCUCCAGGAGGCCCAUGGGCCGCACCUCCAGCAGAACCUCCUCCACAUGAGGACACGCUGCAGUUUCCAGCUCGGAUGGGAAGGCGUGACUCAGAAGGCGGCUUGCAAAGAUGAGCAGAGACUCUGGUCACCAGACAAAUACUCACCACCAUUUCAAAUCAACUCUAUUGUCCGGUCCUGUUUUGCCACUGAGGGCGCUACAGCUUUGGAAACCCCAAGAAGGAAGCAUUUUCCUUGGCAGCUCAGUCCGCAGCCCUCGGAAAAAGCGGACGGCUGGUUGACGACACCCAUGGACACUUCUGUCCAUCUUUUAGAAGACCUCUUUAGGCCGAGUUGGUCUCCAGACUUCAGCAUGGACUUCGACUCUUCCACGGCAUCAUCGAGUCAUCACCUAUUUGGCACGCCUGCCGCCUGGAGAGCAAAAAGCUCGCCACCUCAGCACUUUCACUUCGACCAGCCCAGAGACAAAUUGUUGUCCGCAUUCGGUCCCUUCGAGGACGGAUUCACAGACGAGAGAAGGUGUCACAGGAGCUGCCGAGACCUGACAGGUAGAUGCUUGGUAGAACAGUUUCCCCUCGAACGGGACUCAUUUGAAAGUGAAAAAUAUUCAUUUUCCCCCACCUUCUCUGCCCAAAUUCACCCUCCUUCGUUCAGCCAGUUCAGUCAGCGCCCCGCAUUAACCUCCCUCCACUCCCACCACAACGACAGGAUCCAUUACCCGCCAUCUUACAUACUUGAAAAAGACCCUUCACCUUCACUCACACCCUUGCCAAGUCCUGAUCACUGGUCCUUUCCCCCAAUGAGACUGUAUUGAAGCUUCUUCUCUUUUCCCUCACAGUGUG